UUUCCUGGAGUGGCUGAAAGGAAUCAGUCCCAAACCUGAGCGCCAGGAAUAACGCUCCUUCCCUCCCGAGCACUUUUUCUUUUCCUUUUUUCACGCUGCUGCCGCUCGCGUUCCGCUCAAGGAUCCGCUGCUUUUCUUCAACCGGCUCGGACAAGAUAAACCCACACCGAGAUCCUCGACCCUGCCGUUGCUGACUGAAGGAAAGGAAAGAAGAGUCGCGUCCAUGCGAGCCGCUGUCUGAUCUCCACGCACCCAUUCACACACACGCACACCCGCGCUCCCGAUGAGGCAGCACCAGGAGCAGCAGAUCAUGGCGGAUGGCCCCCGGUGCAAACGGCGAAAGCAAGCCAACCCGAGACGGAAAAACGUACUGAACUAUGAGAAUGUGGUGGAGACCGGUUCUGAGACGGAGGAAGAAGACAAGAUGAUGGUAUCAGAGGAGGAUGGCCUGCUUAAUGGUGUGUCCAGUCCGGCCAGCUUGGCCAAUCAUGAUCCAGUGUUGCCUCUCUCCCCGAGACUGGGCCACGCCCUGAUGACGAAGGUGGAUGAUGAGGAAGAUGAGAUGAGGGACAGUGGUGUGGAACACGUGUGGAAUGACAAUGACCUGCUAAGAGGAUCAGUCAAUGGUACCGAUGAACUAAAAGACGAUUUUGACAGCAUGGUACCGGGCACCCCUUUACAGCCCAUUGGAAAUGGUACAGUAAAAAGCAUGGAUUGCACGUCUGAGUUCGAAGAAUUCUUCGCCAAGCGGAAACUGCCCGACAGCGACAGCCACGUCGUCAGCAUCGCCGAGUAUCUGCAGCGUACCGACACGGCCAUCAUCUACCCCGAAGCUCCGGACGACAUCGCCCGCCUGGGCACGCCCGAAGGUCCCGGGCACGAGGAAAAUGACCUGCCACCUGGAACUCCAGAUGCCUUCGCCCAACUGUUGACCUGCCCCUACUGCGACAGGGGCUACAAGCGCUUGACUUCUCUGAAGGAGCACAUCAAGUACAGGCACGAGAAGAACGAGGAGAACUUCGCCUGUCCCCUGUGCAACUACUCCUUCGCUUACCGCACUCAGCUGGAGAGACAUAUGGCCACACACAAGCCCGGGCGAGAUCAGCACCAACUGCUGAACCAGGGAGCUGGCAACCGCAAGUUCAAAUGCACAGAAUGUGGCAAGGCCUUCAAAUACAAGCACCAUCUGAAGGAGCACCUGCGGAUCCACAGUGGGGAAAAACCAUACGAAUGCCCGAACUGUAAAAAGCGCUUUUCUCAUUCCGGGUCUUACAGUUCUCACAUCAGUAGCAAGAAGUGCAUUGGCUUGAUCACAAUUAAUGGCAGGAUGAGAAACAACAUGAAGCCUGGCUCCUCUCCGACCUCUGCCUCUUCCUCCCCGACCAACACCGCCAUCAGUCAGCUCAGACACAAGCUUGAGAACGGCAAGUCUCUCGGUCUCCACGAGCACUCGAACCACCUUAACAUCAAAUCCGAACCGCUAGACAUCAACGAAUAUAAGCUAUUAAUGGCAUCACAUGGUUACAGCACACCGGGCCCCUUCUUGAACGGCAGUAUUCCUGGAGGAAGCCCUCUAGGUGUUCCUAACUCUCAAAGUCCUCUGCAGCACUUAGGUUUAGCCAUGGAGAGUCAGAUGCUGGGUUAUCCGUCUCUAGCGAACAACCUGAGCGAGGUCCAUAAGGUGCUUCAGAUUGUAGACAACACGGUGUGCAGGCAGAAAAUGGACUACAAGCCAGAGGAACUCUCCAAGCUUAAAGCCUACAUGAAGGAGCUGGGCUCUCAGAUUGAAGAAAAGAAGCCAGGGCUUGGAUCACCUUGUGGUCCUCAGACAGGUCUUCCAGUGAUUAGCCACAACGGUGCCAAUAAGAGCAUUAUCGACUACACGCUAGAAAAGGUCAACGAAGCCAAAGCUUGCCUUCAGAGCUUAAACAUGGACUCUAAGAGACAAAUUAGCAAUAUUAAGAAGGAGAGGAAUCACACGAUAGAUUUAGGUAUGGAAGACAGGAUGCACGAGAACAACAUAAUGUUUACACCGUUUUCUUGCCAGUAUUGCAAAGAGACCUUCCCAGGUCCCAUUCCAUUGCAUCAGCAUGAAAGGUACCUGUGUAAGAUGAAUGAAGAGAUAAAGGCCGUGCUGCAGCCCAAUGAAAACAUCACACCUAACAAGCAGGGAAUGUUCACAGAGAAGCAUGCCCAUCUGCCCUCCUCAUUCAUCUCUGAAAAAGGCAUUACCAGCCCCAUUAGCCCUUACAAGGACCACAUGUCAGUGCUUAAAGCAUAUUUUGCCAUGAACAUGGAGCCAAACUCAGAGGAACUAUUGAAGAUCUCCAUAGCAGUUGGACUUCCUCAGGAAUUUGUCAAGGAGUGGUUCCAGCAAAGAAAGGUAUAUCAAUACGUCAAUCCUAGAACCCCUCCUUUAGAUAGGAACAGCAUGGAGAUCGGCCUACCCGCCACCAACCACCUUCCAAGCAGAGACUCCAUGAAUGCUCGGUCUCCUCUGUCUCUGAUCAAACACAUGGACCGAAUGACUUCACCCGCCAUCGCCGAGUUCCACAACAUGAACAACUGUGACACUCCUCUCAGGCUUUCCAAAAUGCCCCAGUUUUCCGGGCCCAAACAGCUUGGCGAAAAGUUGGACCACUCCAGGAGCAACACACCGUCUCCUCUCAACCUCUCCUCUGCAUCUUCCAAGAACUCUCACAGUAGCUCUUACACCCCCAACAGCUUCACCUCCGAGGACCUGCAGGCAGAGCCGCUGGACCUCUCACUACCAAAGCUCAUGAAGGAACCCAAACACGUGCUUUCUGUCAAGAGCCGGUCCAAGCCCAGCAGCGUCCCCAUAGACCACAACCCAAUCGCGUCACCCCGGGAACAUCUGGAGGAGCCUCUUAAUCUCGCAUACCUGUCCAAGAAAGAGUUUGGCAGCCCAAAUGGCAGCCUGGAAAAAAGCACUAGCCCGAUGUUUGGGAUUAAUCCCUUUGCUGCCAAGCCACUCUACACUUCCUUACCCCCUCAAGGUGCAUUUCCUGCAGGGCCUUUCAUGCCUCCAAUGCAGGCCAGUCUCCCAGGACUCAGGCCUUAUCCUACGCUUGACCAGAUGGGCUUCCUGCCACCCAUGGCCUACACCUAUGCAGCGGGAGCAGCCAGCUUUGUCGAGAUGCAGCAGCGAAGAAAGUACCAGCGAAAGCCAGGAUUUCAGGGGGAGUUGCUCGACGGCACGCCAGACUAUCUCUCCGGCCUGGAUGACAUGACAGACUCAGACGCCUGUCUGUCCCGGAAGAAGAUUAAGAAAACAGAAAGUGGUAUGUACGCGUGUGACCUUUGCGACAAAACAUUCCAGAAGAGCAGUUCCCUCCUAAGACACAAAUAUGAGCACACAGGUAAACGGCCACACCAGUGUCAGAUCUGCAAGAAGGCGUUUAAGCACAAGCACCACUUGAUCGAGCACUCACGUUUGCAUUCGGGAGAGAAACCUUACCAGUGCGACAAAUGCGGGAAGCGCUUCUCCCACUCGGGCUCGUAUUCGCAGCACAUGAACCACCGCUACUCGUACUGCAAACGGGAAGCGGAGGAGCGCGAGGCCGCCGAGAGGGAGGCGCGCAAGGGCACCCUGGAACCCAGCGAGCUUCUCAUGAACAGGGCGUUCCUGCAGGGCCUGACGUCCUCUGGCUACCCCGAUCACCAGGAGCGGGAUCCUAUCCUUCGGGACGGGAUCAACGGUGUCGCCAAAGAGCCGGACACGGCGUACACCAAGCUGGGGCAUACGGGGGACGAUUUUGAGGAAGAGGAGGAAGAAGAGAGCGAGAACAAGAGCGUAGAUACGGACCUUGAUACGCCGCAUGGUGACGAGAACGGCGAGCACUCGAUGGACGAAAGUUCGCUCGACGGUAAAACCAAAUCGGACCACGAGGACAACGCAGAGUACGGCGUCUAACAAGACUACUGUGUUCUUCGAGCUUAUUCUCCUUAUUCUUUUUGUUUUUUUUAUUUUACCACAGCAGGCGGACACGCACGCUUCUCGAUUCAGACUGAAAUCUGAAUAAGGACUGAAAAAAAAAACAGACUUCAGGGAGGGGAGGGGGAAACGGGUGCAUUAUGCAAAAAUAAUAAAUAAAAAAAAUUAAUUGUACAGUAUUAAGGCCUAAAAACUAUGUGUGGUGCUACCAUUCUAAAAAAAAAGCUGUGUUCAUAGUAUUUAU